AGUGCUAUUGUGUUUGUUAGGUGUGGCUCACCAUGGAGCUAUAAAACACAUGGGCUCACUAGCCAAGAAGAGUUCAAGAAGUAAACAUGUAUGUAUACGUGUACUGUGGUGGCCAGGCAGCCAUAGCGCGGCAAUAAGCUGUUGCUUGAGCGAGAAAAUGGCGUUUUUGUACACGCGACGCUGUUGCUGUUGUAGCUUGGAGUGGGGCACCAUGGCCGUCGCAAUAUGGACAAUGAUUUGCAGUCUAAUGGCACUUAUGCAGUGCGGAUAUACGCUAGCGUAUACAGACCCACAAAACAUACCCAACGAAGCGAGAGUCUACGGCAGUUUGAUAGUUCUUCACGCAUUCCUCUUUCUGUCAGCUUUGCUGCUAGUUAUCGGUAUGGUUCGGAUGAACGAGCUAUUGCUGUGCCCUUACGUCGUGUUGGAGACGUUGGCGUUCCUAGCCUACAUCGGGCUCGAGGUUGCUCUGAUCGCUGCAUUGGUGAAUGGGAGUUGGAAGAAUUUUUCACUUUUCAGUAGCAGCACGGGCCCGAUCAGUGGUGACAACUUCAAAUUUCUUUACAUCACUGCGGCGGCGGUAAUUCCUGUAUGGCUAUUGGUUAAGAUACCGUGUCUACUGUGCGUUGUGUCGCUCCAUAGAGACAUAAGAAUUUACAAGGGUGACCUUAAGACGCAGUUUCCCUUCUUUCCACGGCGCGGGAGCACACUGGACAACGCAGGCUUAAUCCAGUAGUAAUGCAUGAUGACCUGCCACCAAAAAAUUGUGUAAUGG